AUUGUAGUUUUAGUUAAGUUUUAGUUAAGUAAUGUUUAUAAACUUAAAAUUAUAAUUUCUGGUGAAAAUAUUUUCAGGUAAAAUGCGAGUUUUUCUUAGUUAAUAGGAAGUAUAGGGAAAGGUCUCCCAAGUCACACCCUAGGCUCCUUCUAUAAUCCGUCCAACGAGACGAGUCAGGAUAUGUUUACAAAUUCACGCGCCCGAUGCAGGGCCGCAGCUCAGUUGUUUCCAGUUCUUCAAACGUUUCGGUCGAGGUUUGUGUACUGUGAGUCGGCUCUGCUUCGAGCACGUGAAUUUCUACGCAUUUACUGUCUCGUCUCGUUGGAUGGAGAAUAGAUUUCCCUAAAACCAAAGGCAGAACAAAGCGAAGCUAAUGAAGACCGAAUCGGUCGGACGUAGAAUGACAGUAGUUCGCCAGUCAUAAUCGAACCGAGAAGUGAGGGAAAUCGCGGAGCCGGUCUACCGCGAGUACGUAUCGGAUGAUUAAGCAGUGAAUGAAGAGGCGGUGAUCAAUCUAUACCGCGCGUUAUGUGAUAAUCAGCCACGAUCGCGAGAUUCUGGCCUUUCAACCGCGACACUUAACGAAUUCUUAAACAGAGCAUUCGUUGAACUCGUUCAUAUGCAGGUGAACAGUGCGUAUAAAAGAUAAUGAAUUCAGGUGAAAUUAAAAAGAAAGCACCCGAUGGUGGAUGGGGAUGGUUCGUUUGCCUUGGUAGCAGCUUAAUCACGCUCUCUUUAAGAUCGCUGGAUCCUUCUUUCGGUCUUCUUUUCCACGAUCCUCUGGAAGAACUUGAAAUAGACUCGACAGGAACAUCAUUAAUAAUGAGCAUUCUCGAUGCUAUCGUUAAUUUCUCAGGCCUUUUGAUAGGACCAUUGUUGAAGAAAUAUUCUUACAGAAAGGUAGCCUUUUUUGGAUCUCUGUUAAGUUCCACUGGACUGAUACUUACGGCAAACGCUAACAGUAUGAUUCAUAUCAUAUGCACUUACAGUGUUAUAGGAGGUUUAGGAACUGGAUUAGCAAUCGCGUCAGCUUUCGUUGCAUUAAAUACAUUUUUUGAUAAAAAGAGGGGACAAGCCGUUGGUUUUUCUAUGGCAGGUACAACUCUGGCCAUGAUGUUAGUACCACAGAUGAUACACGUUCUUUUGGCUGCUUAUGGGUUUCGUGGAGCAAUGUUGAUCGUUGGAGGAUGGACAUUACAUGCCGUUGUUGGUGCCUGUUUGCUUCGUCCCGUUGAAGUCAGAGAUACCAAAGAGAUUAAAAAGGAAAUACAUCCCCCGGAAAGUGAAACAUUAUUAAAGAAGAAUGGAGACGUUACAGUGAGAAAAGUCGAAAAUGGUGCAGAAGUUUCAAGAUACAACGUUAUAAAGAAUGAAACAAACAAGGAGAGGGAUGAUAAAGGAAAUUAUUUUAACAAGAUAAAGGAAACUUUUGAUCUGGAUUUACUUAAAGACGGUGUAUACCUCAAUGUUGUUAUCGGUUUGAGUUUGUAUUAUGUAGCUGAAUCAAAUUUCAAAUUGAUGACUCCAUUUUUUCUGGCCAGCAUAGGAAUGACCAAUGGAGAAAUAGCUUCCUGCUUAUCGAUAACAGCAUUCACUGACAUUCUUGCCAGACUUCUGCUACCGACCAUUUUCGAGAAAUUAGGUUUCAAGAACAGGACAGUGUUCUGGGUGUUUUGCGUUCUCGUUGGAAUCGGACGAUCUAUUAUGGCAGAGCAAUCCAAAGGAAUAACCUUGAUAAUAAUGUUUGUGGUAAUAGGAUUCUUACGAGGAGCCACUUUGGUAAAUUUAAAUCUCAGCGUCUCCGAAUGUUGUUCCUUGAAGAAGUUACCUAGUGCUUUUGGAAUGUUUAUGGUGUCGAAAGGUUUAUUCGUCGUAAUAAUGAGUCCUUUAAUUGGUUACAUUAGAGACGUAAGCGAUAGUUAUACAGUUUGUAUACACGUUAUGACUUUAAUGAUAAUGAUUACAUUUGUCACGUGGAGUUUCGAAUUUACGUAUAGAGCUCUGAAAACCAGAAGAUCGAAUUUACACGAAAGAGCACAAGAUAAGGCGAUAGAAUAAAGCUUAUUAAUCUUCAUCAAAUUCUGUACAAAAAAAUAGACGGAAAAUGUUUUUUAAAAUUGAGUGACUAAAUAAGCAAUCAUCAAUUCAUAAUUAAUGAUGUACUGAUGUAAACCACUUACAUUAACAUUUUCAUUAAAAUGUAAGUUUCUUUCGUGUAAUUUUUUAUGCAUAAGAGCAACAAAUAUUUUGAGUGCUAAGCUUCAUAUUGAUGUGCCAUAAGUGGAUUUUGCGAUACUUUUAUGUCAUCAUAUCAUAUCAGACUUUCUGCAUUUUCAAAUAUAACAACACAUUAAAUACCAUGGAAGAUAAAAUUGAUUUUGUUUUGUGAUUUAACAUAAGGAAAAAAUAAAAAUUAUGAAUACCAUUAAUACUAUUAACAUGUAUCC